AUGCGACAAAACGAUGACGAAUGUUUACCGAAAGAAAUUGUUUUGCCGGAAAAAUACUGCUAUUCACCUAGACUACGUACAUCAUUUUCAACUGAAACACGACAUCGAAAUUCAUCAUUUACAAAUUUACCAAGUGAUUUCAAUAAAUCAUUUCGUAUGAAAAAACGUAGUUCAACCACUUACCAGAAUACACAUCAAUCAUCAAAUCAUUAUAGUAGAAGUAGUUUUACUACAAAACCUGAACCAAUUAAUAUACCUGUACGUGUUGAAACCAAUCAAUGCCAGAAUCAUUCAAUUCCUGUCAACGAUGUACAAAAUAUCAACAUCAACAGUAACAAUAAUGAUAAUUUCGUGAUAAAACCUACCAAAUUUUAUAGAAUAAGUGUGAAACUUGGCACAGAUGUAAAACCGGAAGAAUUAAAUAUUCAUUUAAAAAGUGGUUUACUUACCAUUACAGUGAAACAAACACGUGAAAAUUUUGAAAAUAAUGAACAAACAAAUAUUGCACGUGAAUUCUUACAUGAAAAUACCAUACCAAUUAAUGUUGAUCAAAGUAAAUUAAUUGCAAAAUUAGAUAAAGGCAUAUUAACAUGGGAAGCACCAUAUAUGACAACAACAACCGGCGAUCCAAUUGAAAUUCCAGGAUAAAUGAACUUCAACUACAAUAACUGCAAUAAUAAUAAUUAUAAUAAUACUUGAAUCAUGUAAAAAUCCACACAUUCAAUAAUCAAUCAUCAAUAAUAAUAAAUAGAUGAUCAAUAGAUUUAUACAAAUUUAUUCUUUAUAUUGUAUGUCAUAUUUAUUUGUUUGUUUUGUUUUUCUCGUGA